AUGGACACCAGGCUUCGCUGGGAUGACCAUCGCGAGAAGGUAGAAGUGGGGGCGACGAAGCGGCUCUCGGCUCUGUCAGCACUCGCUUCCUCGACAUGGGAGGAUUCAGAGUCGUGCAGCCCAGAUCAUCACACGUGCAUUCGGACAACAGCCGGUGCGGCGGUGGACGUAGAAGCGCAUCUGCUCCCGGUGCAACAACAACUCGAGCAAACAGCAUUGGAGGCCACGAUGCGCAUUAGAACUGCCCCGCUAUACGUUGACAUGGCGUCAACCGAGGUCGGCAGGAGCAGUGAACAGAGCCCCCUCGACCGCUUCUCGAGCAUCCUCGAACGAAAAUUUAAGGUGCAGCUUGACCGGCUCGAAAAGCGUAUAACGCAUGUGGUGCCGCCAUGGUGGAUUCCACCGUUCGUCCGCGUCAAUGAUUCUGCAGAGGAGGCAUUCAAGGAGCACGAUGCCAUCGAGCCAGGAACGCUAUGCGUCUACACCGACGGAAGUGGCAUAGACAGCCACGUCGGCGCGGCUGCUGUAACGCGUGCACCACACGCCAAUGGGCCCUGGACGAAGCGAACUCAGUAUAUGGGUACAUCCAGGACCUCCACGGUGUACGCGGCAGAGCUCAGAGGGCUCGUCCUUGCCCUACAGAUGGUACUCGACACACCGCAAAUAUGCGUCCCGCCGGACAGAUGCGCCGCCGUAUUCACGGACAACCAAGCCGCUAUCCAAGCCAUUCGGAAUCCCAAACACCCAUCCGGGCAAUACAUUCUGGUCGAGGCUAUUCGAGCACUGGACGAGCUUAUAAGCCAAGGAUGGCAGGUACAGUUCCGAUGGAUUCCGGCACAUGUCGGUGUGCCAGGUAAUGAGGCAGCCGACCAAGCAGCGAAAGAGGCCGCCAGAACCAAUCCAAGCACGGAAGCGAACACGGAGCGACCGCCAGAAGCAGACCCUCUGCGAACACUCACGGCAACCACCAAGUCCAUCAUCCGUCGGGUGAUGAGAGGCGAGUGGGACACGGCUUGGGAGAAUGCCAAGCACGGUAGAGAGCUCUUUAGGCUAGGGGUGAGGCCUGGGAAGGCGAUACUCGACAUGCAUAUCGACACACACAGAGCGAUCAGCUCAACAAUCACACAGAUGCGUACAGGCAAGAUUGGCCUGCGUGCCUACCUCCACGCCAUCAACAAGGCGGACACCGAUCAAUGUCAAUGUGGCCAUGGACCGCAGACAGUACGACACAUCCUGCUCGAAUGCCGGAACUGGGUGGAAGAACGACAUCGAAUGUGGGCAGGCAAGACUCCAUGCAUCGACAUCAAGCGUAUUCUCUGUAACCCGCCAAUGGCAGUACAAGCAGCCAAGAUGAUCUUGAGGACCGGACUGCCAGGACAAUUCCAGGCAGUACCAUCCACAGUGCUCAAAUACAUAUAG